UCUUCGUCUCCGGCCACCUCCAAGUCCCAGGUGAGCUAAUCAGGCUGGCAGCGCUGGCCUUGGCGUUGGCGGCUCCGGCGGGAUGCGGCCGUGGCAACCGCAGAUGCAGGAUGUGGUGGGCCUUGCCGCCGCGGCCGAUCCCCAGUUUGUGAGGCUCCGGGACAACGCCCGAGAGAAGAUAUUCAAGUUUUUGCUAACGUUGCAAUUGCUGCCUCUCUGGCGGCCGCGCCUCCGGGCGCUCGCGAGCCGGCUAGAGGAAAUCUUGUUUAGAAAAUACCCAAACAAGAUGGAGUACCACAACAUGACGAGGCGACCAAUGUCGCCAACAAUGAUGUUUGCUAUCAAGACCUACACGGCUCAGAACCGACAAUACCGACAAAAUCAACAAUCGUUAAGACAGAUAGCAUCUUCCCAUGGCUAUGGUGCGAUGAAUCUGACAUCCAAUAUCAUGCAAGGUGCGAGUGAAAAUUCUAGAAUGUUUUAUGUGACAGGCAAUAUUGGCCCUUUGUCCUCUACUGCAGACAUGGUUCUGCAGAACGCCAAUAUGGAUACCUCACUGCCAGAAGGAGCUUCUGAUGGGCAUGUGAACACAAUGCUUUCACUAGGGAUAAACCCUACACGACAUGAUCUUUCUGGAGCGUCCAAUAACAACCUGUUAACACACAAUCUGGAUACACGUGAAGCCAACAGAUUCUCUGGACGCCCGGCACCUGUGAAGGAUCUCCCAAGGGAACCAAAAUUCACCUGCCCAGUCUGCAUCAAUGAGCUGGUCGAUGCAUCGUCUACUAUCUGCGGCCACAUCUUCUGCAAGAAAUGCAUAGAGGCCUCCAUCCGAUUUCAGAAGAAGUGCCCUACCUGUCGUAGGAGGCUGACCAUGAGAAAUUUCCACCGAAUCUACCUCCCGGCGAUGGAUUGAGCUGAUCCAGCCAUUCUAGGCGUGGUGGAGUAUCAACA